CCGGAUUCUCAGAAGUAGGGCGAAGUAGGGCACUAGGGUGAAGUUUGGAAUACGAAGAGUAUUUGGGUUGAAAGUAUAAAUUCGUGAAAGAUAUAUUUUGGGUCAAAGUAGGGGCGUUUUUGCAAAUGAAACAGAAUUGGCUUUAUGAACUUAUUAGAGAGUACAAGUCACGUGAGCUGCGUGCUGCUCUCUGACCGAUUUAAUAACAUCUUGUUUUGAUGUUUAUGGGGCCUUCUUGGCAAACACUCAACUCUCUCUGGCUACUCGCUCGAAUGCAGCAGCUGCAAUGAGCCCUUAGCUUUCUUCUACCUUCAUUUCUUUGCAACACAGCUUUGGGCGCUCUGUUUUUUCUUUUGUUCAAUAUCUCUCUGUGUUUCAUGGCGUCGAAAAAGCCUCUGUUUUUCGUACUCUUAGCUUUUCAGUGUUUCUUCCUACUCACCAAUGCCAUUGUUGACCAAAAUGAGCAGAGCCCAGAAAGAGAAGCCCUGCUUUCUUUCAAGACCGCACUUGAAAACCCUGAAGUUCUCUCUUCAUGGAGGCAAUCCAUCCCACACUGCAACUGGGUCGGCGUCUCUUGCCAUCUCGGCCGAGUCACUUCACUCGCCCUUCCAACUCUGUCACUCAGAGGCACACUCCCUCCCUCGCUUUUCUCUCUCCCUAACCUCACCGUCCUUGACCUCUCCUCGAACCUCCUCCGCGGCCAAAUCCCACCUCAGAUUUCAAAGCUUCCAUCUUUAGUUUCCUUGGACAUAUCCAACAACUCUCUCUCUGGUACUCUUCCACCUGAAAUUGGUAGCUUGAAGAAUCUGACCGACCUCUACAUUGGCGCUAACCAUUUUUCGGGUCCAUUGCCUCCUGAAAUCGGUGACCUUUCACGGCUAGAGAAUCUUGAUUCUCCUUCAUGUUCCAUAACCGGUCCAUUGCCUGAAGAGUUAUCCAAGUUGGAAUCACUGAGUAAACUUGACCUCUCAUACAACCCAUUGAGAUGUUCCAUACCGAAAGCCAUCGGGAAGUUGCAGAAGUUGAGUAUUCUGAAUUUAGUAUUUGCUGAACUUUAUGGCUCUGUCCCUGCUGAGCUGGGAAACUGUAGGAAUUUGAAGACUUUAAUGCUUUCCUUCAAUUCGCUUUCUGGGUCGCUACCAGAGGAGGUUUCUGAGCUUCACGUUUUGACGUUUUCUGCUGAAAAGAACAAUCUUUCCGGACCAUUGCCUCCUUGGCUCGGAAACUGGCAUCAGGUUGAAUCAAUUUUGCUUUCGAGCAAUUCGUUUUCUGGGAAAAUCCCACCUGAGAUUGGGAAUUGUUCUACGCUUAGGUCCCUUAGUUUGAGCAGCAACAGGUUGUCGGGUCCAAUUCCAGCAGAGCUCUGUAAUGCGGUCUCGCUCGUAGAGAUUGAUUUGGAUAGUAAUUUCCUCUCAGGAACGAUUGAGAACACGUUUGUGAAGUGUAGGAACCUUACUCAGUUGGUUUUGGUCAAUAAUCAGAUUGCUGGGCCAAUCCCUGGUUACCUUUCAGAGCUUCCACUGAUGGUGCUCGACCUUGAUUCAAACAAUUUCACGGGUACAAUACCUACAAGUUUUUGGAGCUCGGUCAAUUUGAUGGAAUUUUCAGCUUCUAAUAACCAGUUGAGGGGUUCUCUAUCAAAGGAAAUUGGUAGGGCAGCUGCAUUGGAAAGGCUUGUUCUUAGUAACAAUCAGUUGACAGGCACUAUACCUAAGGAGAUUGGAAAUCUCAGUACCCUUUCUGUUCUUAACUUGAAUUCAAAUCUUCUUGAAGGAAACAUUCCGGCUGAGAUUGGCCGGUGCACAGGACUUACGACAUUGGAACUGGGAAACAACCAACUCAGUGGCUCUAUUCCGGUGGAGAUUGAGGACUUGGCUCAAUUGCAAUGCCUGGUACUUUCUCAUAAUAAGCUGUCUGGAUCAAUUCCUUCAAAGCCAUCCUCGUAUUUUCGGCAAGUUACUAUCCCUGAUUUGAGCUUUGUUCAACAUGUUGGAGUGCUUGAUUUGUCCUACAAUAGACUGUCUGGCACAAUACCUGAAGAUUUGGGUAACUGUGUUGUUCUGGUGGAUCUGUUGAUCAGCAACAACAUGCUGUCUGGGGGAAUUCCAAAAUCCCUCUCUCGCUUAACAAAUCUUACAACCUUGGAUUUGUCCGGCAACAUGCUUAGUGGUUCCAUUCCUCCAGAAUUUGGUGAAUCCCCCAAGCUUCAAGGCUUGUAUCUCGGAAAUAACCAGCUUACAAGCACCAUGCCUGGAAGCUUAGGUCGUUUGGGAAGUUUGGUAAAGCUUAAUCUGACUGGCAAUAAGUUAUCUGGUGCUGUGCCUAUAAGCUUUGGGAACUUGAAAGGGCUAACCCACUUAGAUUUAAGCUUUAACAAGCUGGAUGGUGAGCUCCCUUCAUCUCUUUCAAGCAUGCAGAAUCUUGUGGGGUUGUAUGUUCAGCAGAACAGGCUUUCUGGUCGUGUUGAUGGGCUCUUCUCAAAUUCCAUGGCUUGGAGGAUUGAAAAUAUGAACUUGAGCAAUAAUUUCUUUAAUGGGGAGCUGCCCCUUUCUUUGGGAAAUCUGUCCUACUUGACAUAUUUGGAUCUUCAUUCAAAUUUGUUUAGAGGAGAGAUUCCUCCAGACCUGGGGAAUCUGAUGCAACUGGAGUAUUUCGAUGUUUCAAGUAACAAGCUCUCUGGGCAGAUUCCAGAGAAAGUAUGCAGCCUCAACAAUCUGUUUUACUUGAACUUUGCAGAGAAUAGGUUGGAAGGGCCGAUUCCGAAGACUGGUAUUUGCCAGAAUCUGUCGAAAAUAUCACUUGCUGGUAAUAAAAGGUUGUGUGGGAGAAUCAUGAAUUUGGAUUGCCAAGUCAAAAGUUUUGAUAAGUCAGCUUUGUUGAAUGCUGGGGGAGUUGCAGCUAUUGUGGUUGGAAGUGCUCUGACAAUUGUUGUCGUAGCUUUAGCUUUAAUAAGAUGGGUUACCAGAAGCAGUCGUCAUGAUCCUGAAGAAACUGAAGAAAGCAAGUUAAGCAGUUUCUUAGAUCAUAAUCUCUAUUUCCUCAGUAGCAGCAGAUCAAAGGAACCUCUGAGCAUCAAUGUGGCCAUGUUUCAGCAGCCACUUCUGAAGCUAACUUUAGCUGAUAUACUUGAAGCCACCAACAAUUUCUGCAAGACAAACAUAAUUGGAGAUGGAGGCUUUGGAACUGUGUACAAGGCCACUUUGUCCAAUGGGAAAACAGUUGCAGUUAAGAAGCUAAGCGAGUAUAAAACCCAGGGACAUCGAGAAUUCAUUGCUGAAAUGGAAACCUUGGGUAAGGUAAACCACCAAAAUCUCGUUCCAUUGCUUGGGUACUGCUCUCUUGGUGAGGAGAAGCUCCUUGUUUAUGAGUAUAUGGUGAAUGGGAGCCUAGACAUUUGGCUGAGGAAUCGAACUGGAGAACUUGAAGUCCUGGAUUGGGACAGACGUUUUAAAAUUGCUUUGGGUGCAGCCCGUGGCCUGGCGUUUCUUCAUCAUGGUUUUAUUCCCCACAUCAUUCACAGGGAUAUUAAAGCCAGCAACAUCUUGCUCAAUGAAGACUUUGAGCCAAAGGUUGCAGACUUUGGACUUGCAAGAUUGAUCAGUGCUUGUGAGACUCACAUUUCAACUGACAUUGCAGGAACAUUUGGCUACAUCCCACCAGAGUAUGGACAAAGUGGGAGAUCUACCACAAAGGGAGAUGUCUAUAGCUUUGGUGUGAUAAUGCUUGAAUUGGUGACAGGGAAGGAGCCCACUGGACCUGACUUCAAAGAGAUGGAAGGCGGGAACUUGGUUGGUUGGGUUUUUCAAAAGAUGAAAAAGGGGCAAGCUGCCGAUGUUCUAGAUCCAAUCGUACUCAAUGCGGAUUCGAAGAGCAAGAUGCUUCAAGUGCUGGACAUUGCCCGUGUUUGCCUUUCUGAUAACCCUGCCAGCAGGCCAACCAUGCUUCAAGUGUUUAGUUCCUUGAAGGGAUCAAAGACGAGUAAAAUGUAGACUUGUCUAUGUGGUGGAGAGUGUAAUAGGUUUGUUGUUGUUAUGACAACAAUGAUGGUAAUGUAAAGUAGUUAGCAACAAGCGGUAGGACUUCUAAGUUGUAAUGCUAAUGCUAUAUUAGUCUGCUAACCUAAUCACAAGCCAGAAUUUCAA